UUCUUAAGAAAAUAAAUUGUAUACCAGAAGGUAUAGGCUUUCUGGGACUAAAUUUGAAAGGCACUUUGCUAAAGCUCCCCUGAGUGGCAUUUGCUUUCUGUUUGCUCGCAGCCUGGUUGAACCACCAGUAGUUUCAAAGGUUAAUGCAAACUUCUUAAUGUGUCUGCAUUUUAGAAAACUGAAAGUUAAAGCAAGGGUCAUAAUCUUCUUCUGUCAGUAAAGCUAAGGGUUUGCCUUGAAAGCUCCGCAGUGCUACAGUUUGACAGUGAGCAGUGAUGUUUGUCUAAGAGGAUUGGUGGCCAGAAAUAAGCCACGGUGUCUAAUGAGACACAGGGACCCAGCCGGGCAGGAUGCCACAGCGUUUCUUGCGUGUGCCUUUCUCAUAAGCAAGAUGGCCUCAGACUGAAGAGGAUGGUCACAGAGCUUCUGUGAGGAAUCGGAGGUCAGUGUGGAGUUUUCAGACUUAAUGGGGAUCUCAGAAAGUCCUGGAUUUUGAAAUGAGUGAGUUUGUACAGCUCUGAGCUCCUGAAAUCAAAUGGGGAAUGUCUGUGGCUGUGUAAGAGCUGAGAAAGAAGAACAGUAUUUAGAUCCUGCCAAAACUCCUUUGAGCCCUGAAAAAUAUUCUCCCGGAAGAAAAUAUUUCAGACGAAACCCGAUCAAGAAAACUGUAUGUGACACAGCAUCAGGGGAGCCAGACAGGGAAAAUGAAGGCAAGAAGAGCCACAUUCAAGUUUCGAAAGAAGAGUCUGCUCUUUUAUCCAGGGGCCCGGUACAGGAGCCCUGUGUUCCCCCAGACCCUUCACAGCAAGGCGGGGUUCGGCAAGAGAAGACAGCUGUAGCUGCUGGUGUUAAACAGAAACUUCUGUCAAGCGCUGCAAGCAGUUGGUCUUAUGGUGCGAACGGUUCUCCUGCCAAAGACACUGAAACCGAAGUAAAAGUCAGCGAACUGGAUGAAAGGAUCUCAGAAAAAGACGGCACUCCAUGUUGCGCAAAGCAGGAGAAACAUUUAGAUGAUGUCAACACAAGAGAAAUAACAUUCCAGAGCAAAACUGAUGUGUUUCCUGUCCGAAAGGCAGCCAGCUUAAGUUCCAUUCACUGUGGUGCAGAGAGAUCACUUGGAAACAGUGGGUUUGCUAAAGACCCAUGGAAAAGUGAUAGCAGUGUCUUGGAAAAGCAAAGCACUGAGAGGUUUUGCCCCCAUGCAAUACGUAGCUCUCAGUUAGAAAAAAAGAGAUGCCAUUCCCUCUGUCCUAAUGUGUCCUCUGUUUCCAAGGACACAAAUGGCAGUGAGAUAUCUGAUAUCCAUGUUACUGGAGAGUCAGAGGAUAUGUCUGCAAAAGAGAGAUUGCUGCUGUGGACACAGCAGGCCACAGAGGGUUAUGCUGGAAUCCGGUGUGAAAAUUUCACUACCUGCUGGAGAGAUGGGAAACUAUUUAAUGCCAUCAUUCAUAAAUACAGGCCGGACCUGAUAGACAUGAAUACUGUUGCUGUUCAAAGCAACCUUGCAAACUUAGAGCACGCUUUUUACGUAGCAGAAAAAAUUGGUGUUAUACGACUCCUGGACCCUGAAGACGUUGAUGUCUCCUCACCUGAUGAAAAGUCAGUAAUAACUUAUGUGUCAUCUCUCUAUGAUGCAUUUCCUAAAGUCCCUGAAGGUGGUGAAGGCAUCAGUGCAAAUGAUGUUGAAGUCAAAUGGAUUGAAUACCAGAAUAUGGUGAACUACCUCAUCCAGUGGAUUAGACACCAUGUGACCACAAUGUCUGAGAGAACAUUUCCCAAUAAUCCCGUAGAACUAAAGGCACUUUAUAAUCAGUAUUUACAGUUUAAAGAGACAGAAAUUCCACCCAAGGAAGCAGAGAAAUCAAAAAUUAAACGGCUCUAUAAAUUAUUAGAGAUUUGGAUAGAAUUUGGACGAAUCAAGCUGCUGCAAGGUUAUCAUCCAAACGACAUUGAGAAAGAGUGGGGGAAACUCAUCAUUGCCAUGCUGGAGCGGGAGAAGGCGCUGCGCCCGGAAGUGGAAAGGUUGGAAAUGUUGCAGCAGAUUGCCAACCGGGUGCAGAGGGACAGUGUCAUCUGUGAAGACAAGCUGAUCCUCGCCCGGAAUGCUCUUCAGUCUGAUUCUAAAAGAUUAGAAUCUGGAGUGCAGUUUCAGAAUGAAGCAGAAAUUGCUGGGUAUAUACUUGAAUGUGAGAACCUUCUGCGCCAGCAUGUAAUUGAUGUACAAAUUCUUAUCGAUGGAAAAUACUACCAGGCAGAUCAACUGGUACAGAGGGUUGCAAAACUGCGCGAUGAAAUUAUGGCCUUAAGGAGUGAAUGUUCCUCAGUGUACAGCAAAGGACGUGCAUUGCUGACGACGGAACAGACGAAGCUCAUGAUAUCAGGAAUCACUCAAAGUUUAAACUCAGGGUUUGCACAGACUUUGAACCCCUGUCUGAACUCAGGGCUGACCCAGAGUUUAACACCUUCCCUGACCUCUUCCAGUGUGACUUCUGGACUCUCCUCAGGGAUGACGUCCCGCCUAACUCCGUCUGUCACUCCAGCUUAUACACCUGGUUUUCCAUCAGGAUUGGUUCCAAAUUUCAGUUCUGGGGUAGAGCCAACUUCAUUGCAGAAUCUGAAACUGAUGCAGAUCCGAAAACCCCUUCUUAAGUCCUCUUUGCUGGAUCAGAAUUUAACAGAAGAGGAAAUCAACAUGAAAUUUGUUCAGGAUCUCUUGAAUUGGGUUGAUGAGAUGCAGGUGCAGCUAGACCACACGGAAUGGGGCUCAGAUUUGCCAAGUGUUGAAAGCCAUUUAGAAAAUCAUAAAAAUGUUCACCGAGCUAUUGAAGAAUUUGAAUCUAGCCUUAAAGAAGCUAAAGUCAGUGAGAUUCAGAUGACAGCUCCUCUCAAACUAACGUAUGCAGAAAAGUUGCACAGAUUAGAGAGUCAGUAUGCAAAACUCUUGAAUACAUCUAGAAACCAGGAACGGCACCUUGAUACACUCCAUAAUUUUGUAACUCGUGCAACUAAUGAACUUAUUUGGUUGAAUGAAAAAGAAGAGGAAGAAGUUGCUUACGACUGGAGCGAGAGAAAUACCCAGAUAGCUCGGAAGAAAGAUUAUCAUGUGGAACUAAUGAGAGAACUUGAACAAAAGGAAGAAAAUAUUAAAUCAGUUCAGGAAAUAGCAGAGCAGCUACUUCUAGAAAAUCACCCAGCCCGGUUAACUAUCGAGGCCUACAAGGCGGCAAUGCAGACCCAGUGGAGCUGGAUCUUACAGCUCUGCCAGUGUGUGGAGCAACAUAUCAAGGAGAACACCGCAUAUUUCGAGUUUUUCAAUGAUGCCAAAGAAGCUACUGAUUACUUAAGGAAUCUAAAAGAUGCCAUUCAGCGGAAGUACAGCUGUGAUCGGUCAAGCAGCAUCCACAAACUGGAAGACCUUGUUCAGGAAUCAAUGGAAGAGAAAGAAGAACUUCUGCAGUACAAAAGCACAAUAGCAAGCCUGAUGGGGAGAGCAAAAACAAUAAUUCAGCUGAAGCCAAGGAAUCCUGACUGUCCACUCAAAACUUCCAUCCCGAUCAAAGCUAUCUGUGACUACAGACAGAUUGAGAUAACCAUUUACAAAGACGAUGAAUGUGUUUUGGCGAACAACUCUCAUCGUGCUAAAUGGAAGGUCAUUAGUCCUACUGGGAAUGAGGCCAUGGUCCCAUCUGUGUGCUUCACCGUUCCUCCACCAAAUAAAGAAGCAGUAGACUUUGCAAACAGAAUUGAGCAGCAGUAUCAGAAUGUCCUGACUCUGUGGCAUGAGUCUCACAUAAACAUGAAGAGUGUAGUAUCCUGGCAUUAUCUCGUCAAUGAAAUUGAUAGAGUUCGAGCUAGCAAUGUGGCUUCCAUAAAGACAAUGUUACCUGGUGAACACCAGCAAGUUCUGAGUAAUCUACAGUCUCGCUUUGAAGAUUUUCUGGAAGAUAGCCAGGAGUCCCAAAUAUUUUCAGGCUCAGAUAUAACACAAAUAGAAAAGGAGGUUAAUGUGUGUAAGCAGUAUUAUCAAGAACUUCUUAAGUCUGCAGAAAGAGAGGAGCAAGAGGAAUCAGUUUAUAAUCUCUACAUAUCUGAAGUUCGAAACAUUAGACUUCGGUUAGAGAACUGUGAAGAUCGGUUAAUUAGACAGAUCCGAACUCCCCUGGAGAGAGAUGAUCUGCAUGAGAGUGUGUUCAGAAUCACAGAACAGGAGAAACUAAAGAAAGAGCUGGAACGACUUAAAGAUGACUUGGGAACAAUCAGCAGUAAAUGUGAAGAAUUCUUCAGUCAAGCAGCAGCCUCUCCAUCUGUGCCUGCCUUGCGAUCUGAGCUUAGUGUGGUCGUUCAGAACAUGAAUCAAGUCUAUUCUAUGUCUUCCACUUAUAUAGAUAAGUUGAAAACUGUUAAUUUGGUGUUAAAAAACACUCAAGCUGCUGAAGCCCUUGUAAAACUAUAUGAAACUAAACUAUGUGAAGAAGAAGCAGUUAUAGCUGACAAGAAUAAUAUUGAAAACCUAAUAAGUACUUUAAAGCAAUGGAGAUCUGAAGUAGAUGAAAAGAGAGAGGUAUUCCAUGCACUGGAGGAUGAAUUACAGAAAGCUAAGGCCAUCAGUGAUGAGAUGUUUAAAACAUAUAAGGAACGUGACCUGGAUUUUGACUGGCACAAAGAAAAAGCUGAUCAGUUGGUUGAAAGGUGGCAAAAUGUUCAUGUACAGAUUGAUAACAGGUUACGGGACUUAGAAGGCAUUGGGAAAUCACUGAAGUAUUACAGAGAUACCUAUCACCCGCUAGAUGAUUGGAUCCAGCAUGUUGAAACCACUCAGAGAAAGAUUCAGGAAAAUCAGCCAGAGAAUAGUAAAAACCUAGCCACACAGCUGAAUCAACAGAAGAUGCUGGUGUCUGAAAUAGAAAUGAAGCAGAGCAAAAUGGAUGAGUGUCAAAAAUAUGCAGAGCAGUACUCAGCUAUAGUGAAGGACUAUGAAUUACAAACAAUGACCUACCGGGCCAUGGUUGAUUCACAACAAAAAUCUCCAGUGAAACGCCGAAGAAUGCAGAGCUCAGCAGAUCUCAUUAUUCAGGAGUUUAUGGAUCUGAGGACUCGAUACACUGCUCUGGUCACUCUCAUGACACAAUAUAUUAAAUUUGCCGGUGAUUCCCUGAAGAGGCUGGAAGAGGAGGAGAAGUCACUGGAAGAAGAAAAGAAAGAACAUAUUGAAAAAGCCAAAGAAUUGCAGAAAUGGGUAUCAAAUAUCAGCAAGACAUUGAAAGAUGGAGAGAAGGCUGGAAAAUCUCCCUUCUCUAAGCAAAAGAUUUCCAGUGAGGAAAUAUCAACCAAGAAGGAACAAUUAUCCGAAGCACUUCAAACCUUGCAGCUUUUUUUGGCUAAGCAUGGAGACAAAAUGACAGAUGAAGAAAGAAUUGAAUUGGAAAAGCAUAUGAAAACUCUUCAAGAAGGUUAUAACUUACUAUUCAGUGAGUCUCUGAAACAACUACAAGAAUCACAAACCUCAGCAGAUGAAAAGGUAGAGGAGAAGCUGGCUAAAGUGAUUGCAGGCACCAUUGAUCAGACAACUGGAGAAGUCCUUUCAGUCUUUCAGGCAGUUUUAAGAGGCCUUAUUGACUAUGACACAGGAAUCAGGUUGCUUGAGACACAGCUAAUGAUUACUGGUCUCAUUUCACCAGAAUUAAGAAAGUGCUUUGACCUCAAGGAUGCUGAACGUCAUGGUCUUAUUGAUGAACAAAUUCUCUGCCAGCUCAAAGAAUUAAACAAAGCCAAGGACAUUAUUUCUACUGUGCAAACUACCACAAUUCCAGUCCUGGAUGCCCUGGCUCAAGGCAUGAUAUCAGAAUCCAUGGCCGUCAGAGUUCUUGAAAUACUGUUUUCCACAGGCUUCCUGGUUAUUCCAGCCACAGGAGAACACUUGACCCUGCAGAAGGCUUUCCAGCAGAACUUGGUUUCUUCAGCAUUAUUUUCUAAAGUCCUGGAAAGGCAGAAUUUGUGCAAAGAUCUUAUUGACCCCUGCACCUGUGAGAAAGUGUCUUUAAUAGAUAUGGUACAAAGAAGUAUUUUACAGGAAAGUACUGGAUUGUGGCUUCUCCCUGUAAGACCACAAGACGGGGGCAGAAUAACUUUAAAAUGUGGAAGGAACAUAAGCAUUUUAAGAGCAGCUCAUGAAGGCCUUAUUGAUCGUGAAACCAUGUUUAGGUUGUUGGGUGCACAGCUUCUUUCUGGAGGUCUGAUCAAUUGCAACUCUGGCCAUAGAAUGACUGUUGAAGAAGCCAUGGUAGAAGGGGUGAUUGACAGAGACACUGCCAACAGUAUUCUCACCUAUCAGGUCCAAACAGGUGGAAUCAUCCGCUCAAAUCCUGCUAAACGUUUAACUGUAGAUGAAGCAGUCCAGUGUGACUUAAUAACUUCGAGCAGUGCUCUUUUGGUAUUAGAAGCUCAGCGAGGCUAUGUUGGACUCAUUUGGCCCCACUCUGGUGAAAUAUUCCCCACAUCUUCUUCCUUGCAGCAAAAGUUGAUCACAAAUGAAUUGGCGUACAAAAUGUUGAAUGGCAGGCAGAAAAUUGCUGCUCUUUAUAUUCCAGAAAGUUCUCAAGUCAUUGGUUUAGAUGUUGCAAAACAGCUGGGGAUUAUAGAUAACAAUACAGCAUCGAUUUUAAAAAGUGUAAUACUGCCUGAUAAAAUGCCAGAUUUAGGAGAUCUGGAAGCUUGUAAAAAUGCCAAAAGAUGGCUCUCUUUUUGUAAAUUUCAACCUUCUACAGUUCACGAUUACAGGCAAGAAGAGGAUGUUUUUGGUGGAGAAGAGCCAGUGGCAACUCAGAGUGCAGAACAAACUAAAAAAUUGUUUCUAUCUUACUUGAUGAUAAAUAGUUACAUGGAUGCGAACACAGGGCAGAGGCUCUUGCUGUAUGAUGGAGAUUUGGAUGAAGCGGUUGGUAUGCUGCUGGAGGGCUGCAGUGCAGAAUUUAAUGAGAACACACCUGUAAAAGAAAGUCUCGAUGUCUUAAACUUCCCUGGUGUAUUUCCUAAUUGUGCUGCAAAUGCAGAAAAUGAUGAAUGUACAGCUUUGUCAGGUAGUUUUGAUAAAGGUCAUUGCAGAGAACCUGAACAUAAAGAGACCCCUGAAGAUAGAAAGUGUGUCAUGUGUGAAGAAUCUCAUGAAAUGGGAAAUAAUGAUGUCAGUAGCAAACUGUAUCAAUCAGAAAACCUAGAAAAUGUAGUAACAAUGGGUAAUAAAGUUAGAAGUUCAUCCAGUGUGUGUGUUCCCAGCCCCAGAUUUUAUUUAACACAGACUGAGUUUGUAGAAGCUAGCAUGUUUAGACAUGAUUCUGAUAACAUACUUAAAAACUGUGAAAAUCACUAUCAAGUCGAAACGAGCAACCAUGCUGAUGAUUGCAGUCAUGCUGAAAGCAUUCACGGCUUUGCAAAUGAUUUGAUCAUGCAUCCUGUUGUGAAAUCAGAAACUGGUAGAUUCUGUGAUCCAAGUGAAACUGAUGAUGAAGAUAAUAGGAACAAAGAUUCUUCUGUCUUUGACUAUUCCCCCAGGCUCAGUGCCCUGUUAAGUCAUGAUAAACUGAGGCACAGUCAUGGAACAUUCAAUGCUGUGCGCAUCUCAGAGCGCAGUGAAAAUCACGGUAAAAAUUCUACAUUGUCAUUAAAUGACAAAACUGUGUUAUCGGGUGAAACAAUGGAAGAAAAAUUUCAAGACCAGUAUCUAGGAAUUGCAGCAAUUAACGUAAGUUUACAGGGAGAAAACUCUGGACAAAAAUCUUUAGAUACUGGUUGUAAUCCUCAAGUACAAUAUCACAGUAACUACAUGUCAGAUACUGCUGGUGAGGAGGACAUAAUGCAUAUUGCUUCUCAGCAGAAACUUGAAGAGCAAAAUGAGUCAAAAAUGGAAGUGACCCCAUGGGAAGUGACACUGAAGAAGUCACCUAUUCCCCCAAAUGGUGAUACUGAUGAUGCGAUUGCAUCCAAGACUUGUGAUGCACCAUUGCUUGUAGAACCCGUCAGUGUUGGUGACUAUGAAACAUCACUGCUGGAUGAUCAGCAGAGUGACACAGAAACAGACACUGAUAGUGAUGAUGACUUUUAUGAUACUCCUUUGUUUGAAGAUGAUGACCAUGAUUCUCUACUUCUUGAGGGCGAUGAUCAUGAUUGUCUGCAACCUGAGGACUAUGACACCCUACAAGAGGAAAAUGAUGGGAUGCCGCCUACUGGAGAUGUUUUUUAUGAUGUCUCAAAAGAUAAUGAAGAUUCUGUGGAUCCCCAGGGGGGACCAGUUGGUAGCUUGAGUGUGAGUGACAAAGAACAGUGUCCUCAGGAUUUUUCUAUAGGUAUCAAUAAAGUAGAAUCUGGUUCUGAUAAAAAUAUACAUUUAAAUUCAGUUGACUCACAUCAAGAGAAUGGACAAUUGCUAGAAUCUGUAUCAGAAAGGAAAUGCACAAAUGACCUUGAAGGUGAUGAGUAUGGCCCAUUGACUGAUGAUGAAAUUGUAGGAAGGAAAGAGAGCUUUAACACAUCAUUAAGUUUUGAUGACAGUGGCAGUUGGAGAGGAAGAAAAGAGGAGUAUGUAACUGGACAAGAAUUUCAAUCUGAUACUGACCAUUUAGAUUCUAUACACAGUGAAGAGAGCUAUAUGGAUUUUGUAUUUGACAUUAAUGAUCAGGAUGAUGAUGACGAUGAUGACGACGACAGUGAUGAUGAUGAUGAUAGUGAUUAUCACGAUGAUGGCAAUGGUGGUGGUGAUGAAGAAAGGGGAGGAGUGGCAGAUGAGAAUGGAAAGCUCUUGUGCCCAGAUAUGGCUGCAGAUAUGAAUAUCCAGCUUUGUUCCACAACUGUCAAUGAAAAAGGAAUCGGUGAUGGAAACCAUAGGAAUAAUAAAAAGUUUCUCCUGGAUAACGAACACAAUGGUAGUUCUUUAGAAAAAGAGCAAAGUGCCUUUGCUUUACAGCUACAAUCAACCGAUAAGAGUAGCUUAGUUAGUGAAAGAAGCAGUCUUCCAGAAUCUACAACUGAGGUUGUUGGAAAAAGCAAAGAUAAUCUGUUGAAUCAUGGGAUAGCACUUAAGGAUGUUUUGCUUAAAGAUACAGAAUCAGAACAAACCUUUGGCCCUGUAGAUAUCUUACAUAAUAAUGAUAAUAUCAGUUCAGCUUCUGGAUUAAAUAGGGAUCUAAUGAACACGAAGGGUGAGUUGAUUCAGGGGUCAGAAUAUACAUACUCUGUGACAGGUAGAGAUCAAUGUUUUGAGAAUGUAACAUCUAAAGUCCACUUGUCUUUGGACAGCAUCAUUUCUUCUGAACCUGAUUCAAUAGGAAAAUCUGUUGAGGAAAACCAUUUUCCACGAACCACGGCCCCUGUAACUGAUAAAGGUCUCCAAGGAAAUGAAAGAGAUAGAAUGACAAGGAGAGAAAGCAAUAACAAUAUACCAGUAGAAAAUGAAACAACAGUUCAGCCAAUGUGCUUGAGUAAAGGAGAUGUGUUUACAGAAGAAGAAAAGAAAUAUCCAAGACUUUUGCUUGAUGAAAGCACACUGGGAAGUCUCAAUUUAGUUAGUAGUCAGUUUCCGUUUCCACAGAUCACAGACCAUGAAGAACUUAACCAGAAAGAAAAUCUUAAGGAAACAACUGUAACUCUUAAAGAUGAACCGGCUAAUUUACAAAUGGCUAGUAAAAGUCCUGUUCAGUUUGAGAAUCUUGAAGAAAUAUUUGACACGUCAGUUUCCAAAGUGAUCACUGAUGACAUUGCUUCCGACAUGGCAUUGUCUGAAAGGAAUACGAGUAUUGAGCAGGAUUCCUCCACUGAUGGACCUGACAAAGACCCUGAUCUGUUUACUUUCUUAAAACAUUGUGCUAAAAAUAUAAAAGCAAAAGAUGUGGUGAAAUCAAAUGAGGAUAUCUCGAGUUUUAUUUUACCAGCUGUCCCUCCCUUGAAGGAACAUUUACAAUUUGGAGGUAAUAAUGUGAAAGAAAAUUGGAGUUGUACUCAAGAAGGUUGUCCUCUGAAAGAGAUGGUUCCAUGUGAUGAUCAUACUACUAAAGAAAAUGACUUAGAUGGAGGAAUAGAACCAGAAAAUAAUGAAGCCACACUUGCAACCUUCUCUCUUAACAAUGUCCAGUCAGAGCUGUAUAUGGAUAGAAUAGAAAAUGAUAACUUGAGUCACACUUUAACUACUGACCACUCAUUUUUAGAAAUUACCAAUAAAGAAGAAAGAAUUGAACAAGAGGUACCAAAAGAACAAGUGUUAUCUCUAAGACCCCAAGAAAGGGAGUUUCAUAUUCCUGAAUUGUCUCAGGUAUUUGUUGGGGAUGUAAAGGAUAUCUUAAAAAGCAAAUUGAAAGAAGAUCCUGUAACUCCUGAGGAGGCUGGAGAACCUUCAGCCUGUGUGGACAGGGUGGUCAGUGCAGCAUCUGGUGGGCUGAGUGACUUGAAACUCAGUGACUGUACUGGGGUUUCCCCCACAAAUAACUUGCUGGGACUAAAAACAGAGAGUAGAGAUGAUCCUUUCUCUAUUGCAAAUCUGGAGUCUGAGCUUCUCCUCGAGUUACUGAAGCAAAACCAACAUAGCCAAAAAAUUACAGGAGCCUUUGAACUGGUGAGAGAAUUAACUCAGAUGGACUAUGACUUAGAGAAAAGAAAUAUUACAUCUAAAAUACUUCCACUGCAACUUGAAAACAUUUUCUACAAGCUGCUUGCAGGAGGAUAUUCAGAAAAAGUUGAACAGCUUGGAGCCCUGAUUCAUAAAGCUAAUACUGCUUCUGGGAUGGUGGAAGAAAAGACACAGCUUCUUGGUGAUCCUGAAGGCGGAGAAGGAAAGCACUGUUCCCUUAACUUACAAAAUAUAAAGGAAAUUGGACUAGAAAAAUCUACUCUGUGUGCAUCAGCUUUGCCAAGAGAUGAGACACUCCAGGAGCUGUGUAGUGAUUUCCCAAACCAUUUGGAAUGUGUUUCAGAGUCACAAGAAAAGACUUCUGGAGAAAAUUCAAUGGAACAAUUUUCCAAUGAGUUACAGCAGUGUUUACAGCACACUGAAAAAAUGCACCAGUAUUUGGCUUUGCUUCAAGAUAUGAAGCCUCCGUUAGACAACCAGGAGUCUCUGGAAAACAAUCUAGAAGCUUUGAAGAAUCAACUCAAACAGUUAGAGACAUUCGAAUUGGGAUUGGCUCCAAUUGCCAUUAUUUUAAGAAAAGACCUGACGUUGGCAGAAGAGUUCUUAAAGUCUCUUCCCACUGGCUUUCCUAGAGGACCUCUUGAGGAGUUGAGUACAAGCCACCAGCGUUUGCACACUGCCUUCUCCUCCCUCAGCAGCCUGUCUUCAGACAGAACGAGACAGAUCAUGCUUGCGAUCGACUCUGAAAUGUCUAAGCUCGCAGUUUCCCAUGAAGAAUUUCUGCAUAAACUUCAGUCAUUCUCAGAUUGGAUAUCAGAGAAGAGCAAAUCUGUGAAAGAUAUUGAGAAUGUGAAUGUUCAAGACACUGAAGAUGUAAAGAAAAAUUUGGUGUUUCUCAAGAAUGUGUUGAAAGAUCUUGGACAUACCAAAAUGCAGCUGGAGACUAUUGCCUUUGAUGUGCAGUUCUUCGUUUCUGAACAUGCCCAAGAUUUGUCACCCAAGCAAAGCAAGCAACUACUGAGGCUCUUAAAUGCAACCCAGAAGUGUUUUGUUGAUGUGCAGGAAUCAGUAAUUGCUCAGGUGGAACGUGUAGAGACUCAGUUACAACUAGAACAAGAUCUUGAUGAUCAGAAGAUUGUGGCCGAGCGGCAAGAGGAGUACAAAGAGAAACUCCAGGGGAUAUGUGAUCUCCUCACCCAAACUGAAAACCGCCUUAUUGGUCACCAAGAAGCCUUUGUGAUUGGUGAUGGCACAAUUGAGUUAAAGAAGUACCAGUCCAAACAAGAGGAAUUACAAAAAGAUAUGCAAGGAAGUGCACAGGCUUUGGCAGAAAUAGUGAAAAACACAGAAAACUUCUUAAAAGAGAAUGGUGAAAAGCUGUCACAAGAAGAUAAAGCUUUGAUUGAACAGAAACUUAAUGAAGCUAAGAUAAAGUGUGAGCAGCUUAAUUUAAAGGCAGAACAGUCGAAGAAGGAACUGGAUAAAGUUGUGACGACGGCAAUCAAGGAAGAAACUGAAAAGGUGGCGGCUGUGAAGCAGCUGGAAGAAAGCAAAACCAAAAUAGAGAACCUUUUGGACUGGUUGUCCAAUGUUGACAAAGACUCAGAAAGGGCAGGUGCAAAUCACAAAGGGGUAAUUCAACAGAAUGGAACACAUUUUCAAGAAGGUGAUGGCAUGUCGGGGAUUGGUGAAGAGGAUGAAGUUAAUGGUAACUUGUUGGAAACCGAUGUUGAUGGGCAAGUUGGAACUACCGAGGAGAACCUCAACCAGCAAUACCAGAAAAUCAAGGCCCAACACGAGAAGAUCAUCUCUCAGCACCAAGCAGUCAUCGUAGCCACUCAGUCUGCCCAAGCGCUGCUUGAGAAACAGGGUCGCUAUCUCUCUCCUGAGGAAAAAGAGAAGCUGCAGAAGAACAUGAAGGAGCUGAAAGCACAUUAUGAAACAGCACUGGCAGAGUCGGAGAAGAAAAUGAAGUUGACGCACUCGCUGCAGGAAGAAUUAGAGAAGUUCGAUGCUGAUUAUAGCGAGUUCGAGCACUGGCUGCAGCAGGCGGAACAGGAGCUGGAAAACCUGGGGGCAGGUGCAGACGACUUCAAUAGUUUAAUGACCAAAUUAAAGAGGCAGAAGAGUUUCUCUGAAGACGUUAUUUCUCACAAAGGGGACCUGCGGUACAUCACGAUUUCUGGAAACAGAGUGUUAGAAGCCGCCAAAUCUUGCAGCAAGAGAGACGGCAAGACUGACAAGGGUAAUAUUGACACCUCUGCCACCCACAGAGAAGUCCAGGGCAAGCUCGAUCACGCUACUGAUCGGUUCAGGUCUCUCUACUCUAAGUGCAAUGUUCUUGGAAACAAUCUUAAAGAUCUGGUGGACAAAUACCAACACUAUGAAGACGCUUCUUGUGGACUUCUUUCUGGACUCCAGGCCUGUGAGGCCGUGGCAAGCAAACACUUACUUGAACCCAUUGCUGUGGACCCCAAGAAUCUGCAAAGGCAGUUAGAAGAGACCAAGGCUCUGCAAGGACAGAUAUCAAGUCAGCAGGUGGCUGUAGAAAAACUGAAGAAAACGGCUGAAGUGCUGUUGGAUGCCAGGGGAUCGUUACUUCCAGCCAAGAAUGAUAUCCAGAAAACACUGGAUGACAUUGUGGGGAGGUACGAUGAUCUGUCCAAGUCCGUUAACGAACGAAAUGAAAAGCUCCAGAUAACCCUGACCCGCUCGCUGAGCGUGCAGGAUGGCUUGGAUGAAAUGCUGGACUGGAUGGCCAGUGUGGAAAGUUCUCUCAAAGAACAAGGUCAAGUGCCCUUAAACUCUGCUGCUCUUCAGGACAUCAUCAGUAAAAACAUUAUGCUGGAACAAGAUAUUGCAGGUCGUCAGAGCAGCAUCAAUGCCAUGAAUGAAAAAGUGAAGAAGUUUAUAGCAACAACAGACCCAUCCACCGCAUCCUCAUUGCAAGCGAAAAUGAAGGACUUGUGUGUGCGGUUUUCGGAAGCAAGUCAUAAACACAAAGAGAAACUUGCCAAAAUGGAGGAGCUGAAAACCAAAGUAGAGCUGUUUGAGAACCUCUCAGAAAAGCUGCAGACAUUUUUAGAAACAAAAACUCAGGCUCUUACUGAAGUGGAAGUGCCAGGGAAAGAUGUCACUGAAUUGUCUCAGUAUAUGCAGGAAUCAACUUCUGAAUUCUUAGAGCACAAGAAAGAUCUUGAAGUUUUGCAUAGUGUCCUGAAGGAGAUAUCCAGUCAUGGCUUACCUGGUGAUAAGGCUUUGGUUUUUGAAAAGACAAAUAAUUUGUCAAAGAAAUUUAAGGAAAUGGAAGACACCAUCAAAGAAAAAAAAGAAGCUGUAACUUCUUGUCAAGAGCAGCUGGAUGCUUUCCAAGUCCUUGUUAACUCGUUGAAGUCCUGGAUAAAAGAAACAACAGAAAGAGUUCCCGUUGUGCAGCCUUCCUUUGGUGCGGAGCGUUUAGGAAAAUCUUUGGAGGAAACUAAGAAAUUACAAGAAGAGUGGACUUUAAAAACACCGGAGAUCCAGAAAGUGAACAACAGUGGGAUCUCAUUAUGUAACCUAAUAAGUGCAGUGACUACUCCUGCUAAGGCAAUUGCAGCAGUUAAAUCAGGUGGAGUAAUAUUAAAUGGUGAAGGAACAGACACAAGUACGCAGGAUUUUUUGGCAAAUAAAGGUUUAACAUCCAUUAAAAAGGACAUGACUGACGUAAGUCAUGGUUAUGAAGAUCUUGGCCUCUUACUCAAAGAUAAAAUAGGAGAACUGAAUACUAAGCUCUCCAAAUUGCAAAAGGCUCAGGAAGAAUCAAGUGCAAUGAUGAAGUGGUUACAGAAAAUGAACAAGACUGCGACAAAAUGGCAUCAGACACCUACACCUACAGAUACCGAAGCUGUGAAAACCCAAGUUGAACAGAAUAAGUCAUUUGAGGCAGAACUGAAGCAAAAUGUAAACAAAGUGCAGGAGUUGAAAGACAAAUUGACAGAGCUGUUGGAGGAAAACCCAGAUACUCCUGAGGCGCCCAGAUGGAAGCAGGUGUUGACUGAGAUAGAUUCUAAGUGGCAAGAACUUAACAAAUUAACAGUUGAUAGACAACAAAAACUAGAAGAAUCCUCCAAUAAUCUAACUCAAUUCCAGACCAUAGAAGCCCAGUUAAAGCAGUGGCUAAUGGAAAAAGAACUAAUGGUCAGUGUUCUUGGGCCCUUGUCAAUCGACCCAAAUAUGCUAAACACACAGAAGCAGCAGGUACAGAUUCUACUACAAGAAUUCGAUACUCGGAAACCUCAGUAUGAACAACUAACAGCAGCUGGUGAGGGAAUUCUGAGCAGACCUGGAGAAGACCCUUCUUUACAUGGGAUUGUGAAAGAGCAACUAGCAGCUGUGACCCAAAAAUGGGAGAGCCUAACAGGACAAUUGAGUGACAGAUGUGACUGGAUUGACCAAGCUAUUGUUAAGAGCACACAGUAUCAGAGCCUGCUGAGAAGUCUUUCUGAUAAACUGAGUGACUUGGAUAAUAAACUCAGCAGCAGUCUGGCCGUGAGCACACACCCUGAUGCUAUGAACCAGCAAUUGGAAACAGCCCAAAAUACGAAGCAGGAAAUAGAGCAGGAAAUGAAGCAGAUAAAAGUGGCCCAGGCCCUCUGUGAGGACUUGUCAGCGCUGGUCAAAGAAGAGUACUUGAAAGCAGAACUUAGUAGGCAACUGGAAGGCAUCUUAAAGGCAUUUAAGGAUAUCGAACAAAAAGCAGAGAAUCAUGUCCAGCACCUUCAGUCGGCCUGUGCAAGCUCUCAUCAAUUUCAGCAAAUGUCUAGAGAUUUUCAGGCUUGGCUGGAUGCAAAGAAAGAAGAGCAAAACAAGUCUCUUCCAAUAUCAGCUAAACUUGAUGUCUUAGAGUCAUUAAUUAAAGAACAGAAAGACUUUAGUAAAACCUUGACAGCCCAGUCUAAUAUUUAUGAAAAAACCAUCGCAGAAGGUGAAAAUCUGCUACUAAAAACACAGGGGUCUGAGAAGGCAGCCUUGCAGUCCCAGCUUAACACGAUUAAAACCAACUGGGAUGGAUUUAAUAAGCAGGUGAAAGAAAGAGAAGAUAAAUUAAAAAAUUCAUUGGAAAAAGCCCUCAAGUAUAAAGAGCACGUGGAGACUCUCCGGCCUUGGAUAGACAAAUGUCAAAACAACCUGGAAGAAAUAAAAUUUUCCUUGGAUCCUGCUGAAACAGAGAAUUCUAUUGCCAAGCUAAAGUCUCUGCAGAAGGAAAUGGAUCAACACUUUGGAAUGGUAGAAUUACUAAACAACGCAACCAACAGCUUUCUCAGUGCCUGUGAGGUCGAUAAAGAGGUUGUCACAGAUGAGAAUAAAUCACUGAUGCAGAAGGUAGACAUGGUCACUGAACAACUUCACAGCAAGAAAUUCUCUCUGGAGAACAUGGCCCAGAAGUUUAAGGAAUUUCAAGAAGUUUCCAAAGAAGCUGAAAGGCAGCUUCAGUGUACAAAGGAACAGCUGGAUGUCCAUGACUCCCUGGGGUCCCAGGCUUACAGUAACAAAUACCUGACCAUGUUGCAGUCCCAGCAGAAAUCACUUCAGACUUUGAAGCAUCAAGUAGAUUUAGCCAGAAGACUUGCACAGGACCUUGUGGUAGAAGCCUCAGACUCAAAGGGAACUGCUGAUGUUUUAUUACAAGCAGAAACCUUAGUUCAAGAUCAUGGUACGCUGAGUCAGCAGGUUGAUGACAAGUGUUCUUUCUUGGAAACCAAGCUUCAGGGUAUUGGGCAUUUCCAGAAUACCAUCCGAGAAAUGUUUUCUCAGUUUGCAGAGUUUGAUGAUGAACUGGAUAGCAUGGCUGCAGUGGGGAGAGAUGCAGAAACAUUGCAAAAGCAAAAGGAAGCUAUAAAAGCCUUCCUGAAGAAAUUAGAAGCCCUCAUAGCAAGCAUCGACAAUGCCAACAAAACCUGCAAGAUGAUGUUGGCCACAGAAGAAACCUCUCCUGACCUCGUGGGAAUCAAAAGGGACUUGGAGGCAUUAAGCAAACAGUGCAACAAGCUGCUAGACCGAGCACAAGCCAGAGAAGAGCAGGUGGAAGGGACAAUUGAGCGACUUGAAGAAUUCUACAAUAAAUUGAAAGAAUUUUCUACUCUACUCCAGAAGGCUGAAGAACAUGAAGAGUCCCAGGGUCCUGUGGGUAUGGAAACAGAGACAAUUAAUCAGCAGCUAAAUGUUUUCAAGGUAUUCCAGAAAGAAGAGAUCGAACCCUUACAGGUUAAACAGCAAGAUGUUAAUUGGUUAGGUCAAGGCCUUAUUCAGAGUGCUGCUAAAAGCACCAGCACGCAGGGUUUGGAGCAUGACCUGGAUGAGGUCAAUACACGGUGGAAGACUCUGAAUAAGAAGGUGGCUCAGCGAGCAGCCCAGUUACAGGAGGCCCUGCUACACUGUGGGAGGUUCCAGGAUGCCCUCGAGUCUCUGCUCAGCUGGAUGGUGGACACCGAAGAGCUUGUGGCCAAUCAGAAGCCCCCAUCAGCCGAGUACAAAGUGGUGAAGGCCCAAAUACAAGAACAAAAGCUUCUACAAAGAUUGCUGGAUGACCGUAAAUCCACAGUGGAGGUAAUCAAACGAGAAGGAGAAAAAAUCGCUGCAACGGCAGAACCUGCAGACAAAGUGAAGAUUUUGAAGCAGCUGAGUCUCUUGGAUAGUAGAUGGGAGGCAUUGCUUAGUAAGGCUGAAACAAGGAAUCGUCAGUUGGAAGGUAUCUCCGUGGUAGCACAGCAAUUUCAUGAAACCUUAGAACCACUGAAUGAGUGGCUUACAACCAUAGAGAAGAGGCUGGCAAAUUGUGAGCCCAUAGGAACCCAAGCAUCUAAACUUGAGGAGCAAAUUGCACAGCACAAAGCCUUGGAAGAUGACAUCAUCAAUCACAAUAAACAUUUACAUCAAGCUGUUAGCAUUGGCCAGUCCUUAAAGGUUUUGAGCUCCAGGGAGGAUAAAGAUAUGGUGCAGAAUAAACUAGACUUCUCUCAAGUAUGGUACAUUGAGAUUCAAGAGAAAAGUCACAGCAGGUCUGAGCUCCUCCAGCAGGCCUUAUGUAAUGCUAAGAUUUUUGGGGAAGAUGAAGUUGAGCUGAUGAACUGGCUGAAUGAAGUGCAUGGCAAACUCAGCAAGCUCUCAGUCCAGGAUUAUAGCACUGAGGGACUGUGGAAGCAGCAGUCUGAACUUCGGGUUCUGCAAGAGGACAUCCUUCUCAGGAAGCAAAAUGUAGAUCAGGCAUUACUGAAUGGUUUAGAACUCCUUAAACAAACCACAGGUGAUGAAGUUUUAAUAAUUCAAGAUAAAUUGGAAGCCAUUAAAGCAAGGUACAAAGACAUUACGAAAUUGAGCACCGAUGUGGCCAAGACUCUGGAACAGGCACUACAGCUUGCAAGACAGCUGCACUCUACACAUGAGGAGCUAUGUACCUGGCUGGACAAAGUAGAGGUGGAAUUACUUUCCUAUGAAACACAGGUUCUGAAAGGAGAAGCAGCAGGCCAAGCACAAGUGAGGCAAAAAGAACUGAAAAAGGAAGCUAAGAACAACAAAGCUGUGUUGGACUCCCUGAACGAAGUGAGCAGUGCUUUGCUGGAACUGGUACCGUGGAGGGCGAGGGAAGGACUGGAGAAAAUGGUCGCGGAGGACAAUGAGCGCUACCGAUUAGUGAGCGACACCAUCACUCAGAAGGUGGAGGAGAUCGAUGCUGCCAUUCUGAGAGCACAGCAGUUUGACCAAGCAGCUGAUGCUGAGUUAUCCUGGAUUACUGAAACAGAAAAGAAAUUGAUGUCUCUUGGUGAUAUCAGGCUUGAGCAAGACCAGACCUCUGCUCAGCUGCAAGUUCAAAAGACUUUCACCAUGGAGAUUCUGAGACACAAGGAUAUUAUUGAUGAACUUGUUAAGUCUGGGCAUAAAAUCAUGACCACAUGCAGUGAAGAGGAAAAGCAAUCAAUGAAGAAAAAACUGGACAAAGUACUGAAGAACUAUGAUGCCAUCUGCCAAGUAAACUCAGAGAGGUAUCUGCAGCUAGAACGAGCACAGUCUCUGGUUAACCAGUUCUGGGAAACAUAUGAAGAACUUUGGCCAUGGCUGACAGAAACACAGAGGAUCAUCUCUCAACUUCCUGCUCCAGCCCUUGAGUACGAAACUCUCAGACAGCAGCAGGAAGAGCACCGGCAACUGCGAGAGUUGAUAGCUGAACACAAGCCUCAUAUAGAUAAGAUGAACAAAACUGGGCCUCAGUUACUGGAAUUGAGCCCAGGGGAAGGCUUUUCCAUCCAAGAGAAGUACGUGGCAGCUGACACCCUUUACAGUCAAAUUAAAGAAGAUGUCAAGAAGCGGGCUGUGGCACUGGAUGAAGCCAUUUCUCAGUCAACACAGUUCCACGACAAGAUUGACCAGAUCCUUGAGAGCCUAGAGCGCAUUGUGGAGCGUUUGAGGCAGCCGCCCUCCAUCUCUGCAGAGGUGGAAAAGAUCAAGGAGCAGAUCAGUGAGAAUAAGAACGUGUCGGUAGACAUGGAAAAGCUGCAACCAUUGUAUGAAACACUCAAACAGAGGGGAGAGGAAAUGAUUGCUAGAUCCGGGGGUACUGACAAAGACAUAUCUGCCAAAGCUGUUCAGGAUAAGCUUGACCAAAUGAUUUUCAUUUGGGAGAACAUACACACGCUGGUGGAAGAAAGGGAAGCCAAGCUCCUGGAUGUGAUGGAGUUAGCAGAAAAAUUUUGGUGUGAUCACAUGUCGUUGGUCGUUACCACUAAAGACACUCAGGAUUUCAUCCGGGACCUGGAGGAUCCUGGCAUUGAUCCUUCCGUAGUGAAACAACAGCAAGAAUCAGCAGAGGCCAUCAGGGAAGAAAUAGAUGGACUGCAGGAAGAGCUGGACAUGGUUAUUAACCUGGGUUCUGAACUCAUUGCUGCAUGCGGGGAGCCAGACAAACCCAUUGUCAAGAAAAGCAUAGAUGAGUUAAAUUCAGCAUGGGAUUCUCUAAACAAAGCUUGGAAGGACCGGGUCGACAAGCUCGAGGAGGCCAUGCAGGCUGCUGUUCAGUACCAGGAUGGACUGCAGGCAAUAUUUGACUGGGUAGAUAUUGCAGGUGGCAAAUUAGCUUCUAUGUCUCCAAUUGGAACAGAUCUUGAAACUGUCAAGCAGCAAAUUGAAGAACUAAAGCAAUUUAAGUCAGAAGCUUAUCAACAACAAAUAGAAAUGGAAAGACUGAAUCAUCAAGCAGAACUCUUGCUGAAGAAAGUAACAGAAGAAAGUGACAAACACACGGUUCAAGAUCCAUUAAUGGAGCUGAAGUUGAUAUGGGAUAGCCUGGAUGAGAGAAUUAUCAACAGACAACAUAAGCUAGAGGGUGCUUUGUUAGCACUGGGUCAGUUCCAACACGCUCUGGAUGAACUCUUGGCAUGGCUGACACACACUGAGGGUUUGCUAAGUGAACAGAAACCUGUUGGAGGAGACCCUAAAGCCAUUGAAAUUGAACUUGCCAAGCAUCAUGUGCUGCAAAAUGAUGUGUUAGCCCAUCAGUCCACGGUGGAAGCCGUUAAUAAAGCAGGAAAUGAUCUAAUUGAAUCAAGUGCAGGAGAAGAAGCAAGCAACCUUCAGAACAGGCUAGAGGUCUUAAAUCAACGCUGGCAAAAUGUUUUGGAAAAAACUGAACAGCGGAAGCAGCAGCUGGAUGGUGCCUUGCGCCAGGCCAAAGGGUUCCAUGGCGAAAUUGAGGAUCUGCAGCAAUGGUUGACUGACACGGAGCGGCAUCUGUUGGCAUCCAAACCUCUGGGAGGUUUACCGGAAACGGCCAGGGAGCAGCUUAAUGCCCAUAUGGAAAUCUGUGCUGCCUUUGAUGUCAAAGAAGAAACAUAUAGGAGUCUGAUGCAGAAAGGCCAGCAGAUGCUUGCAAGAUGCCCCAAAUCUGCAGAGACAAACAUUGACCAAGACAUAAAUAACUUGAAAGAAAAAUGGGAAUCAGUAGAAACCAAACUCAACGAAAGGAAAACUAAACUGGAAGAGGCCCUGAACUUGGCAAUGGAGUUCCACAAUUCUCUCCAAGACUUCAUCAACUGGCUUACCCAGGCUGAACAGACCCUAAACGUAGCUUCUCGGCCAAGUCUUAUCCUGGACACAGUCUUGUUUCAAAUUGAUGAACACAAGGUAUUUGCCAAUGAAGUAAAUUCUCACCGUGAGCAGAUAAUAGAGCUGGACAAAACUGGAACCCACCUAAAAUAUUUCAGUCAGAAGCAGGAUGUUGUCCUCAUUAAGAAUCUACUGAUCAGUGUACAAGGUCGAUGGGAAAAAGUGGUUCAGCGCUUAGUAGAAAGAGGAAGAUCUUUGGACGAUGCAAGGAAAAGGGCCAAACAGUUCCACGAAGCUUGGAGUAAACUCAUGGAGUGGCUGGAAGAGUCAGAAAAGUCUUUGGAUGCUGAACUAGAAAUCGCCAAUGAUCCAGACAAAAUAAAAACACAGCUUGCGCAGCAUAAGGAAUUUCAGAAGUCACUCGGAGCCAAGCAUUCUGUGUAUGACACCACCAACAGGACUGGGCGUUCUCUGAAGGAGAAAACCUCCCUAGCUGAUGACAACCUGAAACUAGACGACAUGCUGAGUGAACUCAGGGACAAGUGGGAUACCAUAUGUGGGAAGUCUGUGGAAAGACAAAACAAAUUGGAGGAAGCUCUGUUAUUUUCUGGACAAUUCACAGAUGCCCUGCAGGCUCUCAUUGAUUGGUUAUAUAGAGUUGAACCCCAACUAGCAGAAGACCAGCCUGUCCAUGGAGACAUUGAUUUAGUGAUGAAUCUGAUCGAUAAUCACAAGGUCUUCCAGAAAGAGCUGGGGAAGAGGACCAGCAGUGUGCAGGCCCUGAAGCGCUCUGCCCGAGAGCUCAUAGAAGGCAGUCGGGACGACUCCUCCUGGGUCAAGGUGCAGAUGCAGGAGCUGAGCACGCGCUGGGAGACGGUGUGUGCGCUUUCCAUAUCAAAGCAGACGCGACUGGAAGCAGCCCUGCGUCAGGCAGAGGAGUUCCACUCGGUGGUGCAUGCCCUCUUGGAGUGGCUGGCUGAGGCGGAGCAAACCCUGCGCUUCCAUGGUGUUCUCCCAGACGAUGAGGAUGCCCUCAGGACUCUCAUUGAUCAGCAUAAAGAAUUCAUGAAGAAACUGGAAGAGAAAAGAGCUGAACUAAAUAAAGCCACCAACAUGGGCGAUGCUGUUUUGGCCAUCUGCCACCCUGACUCCAUCACCACCAUCAAGCACUGGAUAACCAUCAUCCGGGCCAGGUUUGAGGAGGUGCUUGCCUGGGCAAAGCAACAUCAGCAGAGAUUAGCAAGUGCUCUGGCUGGGCUCAUUGCUAAACAGGAACUGUUGGAAGCUUUGCUGGCUUGGUUGCAAUGGGCAGAAACUACACUUACUGAUAAGGAUAAAGAAGUCAUCCCCCAGGAGAUUGAAGAGGUGAAAGCCCUCAUUGCAGAACACCAGACCUUCAUGGAAGAAAUGACCAGAAAACAGCCCGAUGUUGAUAAAGUUACCAAGACCUACAAGAGGAGAGCAGCUGAUCCUUCCUCCUUACAGUCCCAUAUUCCAGUCUUGGAUAAGGGGCGAGCAGGAAGAAAACGUUUCCCAGCAUCAAGCCUGUAUCCCUCUGGAUCUCAGACACAAAUUGAAACCAAGAAUCCCAGGGUAAACUUACUGGUGAGCAAAUGGCAGCAAGUCUGGCUCCUGGCGUUGGAAAGGAGGAGGAAGCUCAAUGACGCCUUGGACAGGCUGGAGGAGCUGAGGGAAUUUGCUAACUUUGAUUUUGAUAUCUGGCGUAAAAAAUACAUGCGGUGGAUGAAUCAUAAGAAAUCUCGAGUGAUGGACUUCUUCAGGAGAAUUGAUAAAGAUCAGGAUGGGAAAAUAACCCGACAGGAAUUUAUUGAUGGAAUUCUUUCCUCAAAGUUCCCAACAAGUCGCCUGGAGAUGAGUGCGGUUGCAGACAUCUUUGACAGAGAUGGUGACGGAUACAUCGACUACUAUGAGUUUGUAGCAGCCCUCCACCCAAAUAAAGAUGCAUAUAAACCCAUCACAGAUGCUGACAAAAUUGAAGAUGAGGUGACAAGGCAGGUAGCUAAGUGUAAAUGUGCAAAACGAUUUCAAGUUGAACAGAUUGGUGAUAACAAAUACAGGUUCUUCCUGGGAAAUCAGUUUGGAGACUCCCAGCAACUACGGCUGGUUCGGAUCCUACGAAGUACUGUGAUGGUCCGUGUUGGAGGUGGAUGGAUGGCACUUGAUGAGUUCUUAGUGAAAAAUGAUCCUUGCAGGGUUCAUCAUCAUGGGAGUAAAAUGUUACGUUCGGAAUCAAACUCUUCAAUUACUACUACUCAGCCUACUAUAGCUAAAGGAAGGACCAACAUGGAGCUGCGUGAGAAGUUCAUUUUAGCAGACGGCACCAGUCAGGGUAUGGCUGCUUUCCGACCCCGGGGCCGAAGAUCACGGCCUUCGUCUCGAGGUGCCUCACCCAACAGAUCGACCUCUUUGUCCAGCCAGGCUGGUCAGGCAGCCUCCCCACAGGUCCCUGCCACCAGCACACCCAAGAUCCUCCAUCCUUUAACACGCAAUUAUGGUAAACCAUGGUUGACAAACAGCAAAAUGUCAACUCCUUGUAAACCAGCAGAGUUCUCAGACUAUCCUGUGUCAUCUGCAGAGGGAACUCCGAUCCAAGGAAGCAAGCUUCGACUUCCAGGAUACUUAUCCGGGAAAGGCUUCCACUCUGCAGAGGACAGUGGCUUGAUAACAACUGCAGCUGCUCGCGUCCGGACACAGUUUGCUGAUCCCAAGAAGACGCCCAGCCGACCAGGAAGCCGAGCUGGAAGCAAAGCUGGCAGCAGGGCCAGCAGCCGUCGAGGCAGUGAUGCGUCAGACUUUGACAUCUCUGAAAUCCAGUCGGUGUGCUCAGACGUGGAGACUGUCCCCCAAACACACAGACCUACGCCCCGAGCAGGUUCUCGGCCAUCCACAGCCAAGCCUUCGAAGAUCCCCACGCCCCAGAGGAAAUCACCUGCCAGCAAGUCCUCAAAGAGAUAGUGCAGUUGGUUCCACCAAGGCCUUUCCUUGAGCAUUUACUAUUUAAGUUUGAACAAUGUAAAAUAUGAUGUAGAAAUUAUUGUGAAAUAUUGCAAGAGGUGAGCUUAAAAUUCUGCAGAUGGCCUUAUUUGUGUAUUUGUCUUUUUAUUUGAUCUGUAUAUUUUUUUGGUCAGAUGUUCUGGGGUUAAAGUCACAUCAUAUGUGAGUGGGAAGAGUUUUACAUGAACUAUCAUUUCUGCACUGUGACGUGUAGAGCACACACUAAAAUCAGUUACUGUACCUACAGGUAAGUCUGCAUCCUCUGACCGACACAGCACUGCGACGCUAGCUAACGUUAAGGAUACCUCGUGACAUUUUCUUGUUUGAAUGGAACUGCUGAAAAGCUGAAAGACACACAGAGGGGGUAUAAUGUUGAGAUUUGAAUGUAGACCAAGAAAGCUAAACGCAUCCACACACAGUUCUGUAAGCGGUAUCUGACAGAGAACUCACGGGGAGUUACUUCAAGCACUUGCCAGUACAAUGAUGUUCAAGUACCUUGCAGCGUUUCUGUGCCAUUGCUUUAAAUGAAGCCGAAACGUUCUGGAUAUUAGACCUAUUAUACUGUAAGAAUAUAAUUAUAAAGUGCAUUCAUAUAAACAUGAGGUUUUCUUUUGCUUGAGUGGACAGUAGCACCUGUAUCAUUGAACUCAUUUUGUAUCAAAGCAAUUUUGCUUGCAGAAAGCUCUGAAAUAAAACAUGUCCCUUAACUACA